CGAUCUUUUGCCAAAGUGCUACCUCGCUACCGCCGCAUAUAAGUCAGUUGCGAGGUCAACAGGACCUGUUUAUACUUGCGCUUAUUCGACUUAUCACGCCAGCAAAGGCUCGCGGUGCAACAUGGCACGCAUCAUGCUCCUUGCAGCCUUGCUCCCUGCAGCGCUUGGCCUCCUCGCGCCGACGAGGCAUCUGUCGCGCGCGCCGCCGGCGCUGCACGCGACGAACGCCGACUGGCGUUCGAAGUGCGACAGCGACGGCGUCGUGUCGUACUACGACUACGGCGUCCGGCUCGGCGGCGCCGCGGCGCCCGCGGCCGCGGCGCCCGCCGCGGACGGCUUCGAGGUGACGAUGAGCGGCCUCAAGUUCAAGGACGAAGUUGUCGGCACCGGCGAGACCCCGGAAAAGGGCAACGUCGUGAAAGUCCAAUAUACCGGUUGGCUCGCGGCCUCGGACUUCAAGUUCGAUUCUAGUAGAGACCGCAACAUGCCCUUCUCGUUCACGAUCGGCGACGGUAAUGUCAUUCCCGGCUGGGACGAGGGCGUUUCCACGAUGAAGGUCGGCGGGCGGCGCACGUUGUUGAUUCCGCCGCGCUUAGCGUACGGCGACCAGAAUAUCGGCGAGGGCCUCAUCCCUCCCAACAGUGAACUGAAGUUCGACGUCGAGCUGAUCGAAGUGAAGGCCGGCGCGCUCGCGGGUGUCACGGCGAGCCUCGAGGGUUCGGUGGGCGGUUUAUUGGGCAACUUCGGCGCGAACCCGUUCACGUUCUUCGCCGUACUCUUAGUGCUCGUGACGGUGGCGCCGGCCUUCCUGCCGGACGACAACCCCUUGAUGAAGGGCGGGAACCCGUUCGAGGGCAUGGGGAACUAGGAGUAGGAGCUACAUGACUUG